AUGUCUCAAGACAAGCAACAGAUCUUGCGCGAACACAAAGUCAUCCCCGAUGUCUUGCCGGAAGGAACGCAGCUUUCGUACGACCUAAAAGUCAAGUUCCCGGAUACCACGCUGGAUGCGCCUGGAAAGGAACUUGGUAGAGAGGAGACGCAGCCCGAGCCUGAGCUCUUCUUGAGCCCUCCACCAAAGGAAGAACGUAGCGACUAUGUGCUUAUACUCACUGACCCGGAUCUCAUGGCAAACAACGACCAAAACUUUGGUCAAGUCCGGCAUUGGCUCUCAACCAAUGUAUCUGUGAAGGACGACGGUGGGCUUGUCGUCCAAUCCAGCACCCCAAAUGACAUCUCGCCUUACAUCGGACCUGCACCACUCCCAAACUAUGUGUCACCUAGGCCUCAUCGAUACGUCUUCAUCUUAGCUCGACCAGCUUCAGGUGGCCUAGAUCAGGUCUCCGUGUCAGCGGAAGAUUUGCAGAAGUUGCAGGAGCCCUAUGCGGCUGCUUUCAAGGGCGCGCAAAAGGAAGAUGUGCAGGAUCUGAAAGACAGAUGGGGUUUUAACGCGCAGAAGUUCCUGGAGAUGAAGGGCUUAAAGGUAGAGGCUGCGACGUUCAUGUUGGUGGGUGGAACGUUGAAGAGCGCUGCGGCAAACGUGAUGAUGUCAGGUCAAGCGAUGGUUGACAAGGCUUUGGGUAAAUAA